AUGGCAUCCGAACCCAAGACCUACGUGUCUGGGGGACGCGUUCUAGCAAGUCCCCCCAUCACAGUCCGAAUCAUCCGCUUCAUCGAGAACAUCUACCUCUUCCUCGGAUUGUAUAUCGUCAGCCUAUUCUCGCUGGACCCUUACACCGCAGCCCAAAACUCCCGAUUCAACGUUACUCAGUCAGGAAAGACUCCCAAUACUCGUGCUCGCUGGGGCAGUGGAGGUGGAGGUGGAGGCGGAUCCUGGGGACCGGGCGGCGGCGGCGGUGGUGGUGGUGGACCGAGGAUCGGUCGGGUAGAUGAUAUUCGUGGCCCGGAGUGUAAGAGCUGUGGUUGA